CCGUCACGUGGCCCGGGGCGCGUUUGUUUGCGGAAGUAGGAGGAAGUAGAAGUGCUGAGUAAGCCGAGACCGAGGGGAAGGCAGUGGGGCCGCCCCUCCCGCCCCGCAGACGAUGCAGUUCUUCGGCCGUCUGGUCAACACCCUCAGCAGCGUCUCCAACUUGUUCUCUAACCCGUUCCGGGUGAAGGAGGUGGCUGUGGCCGACUACGCCGCGAGCGAGCGUGUCCGGGAAGAAGGGCAGCUGAUUCUGUUCCGGAACUCUCCCAACCGCACCUGGGACUGCGUCCUGGUCAACCCCAGGAACUCACAGAGUGCAUUCCGGCUCUUCCAGCUGGAGCUGGAGGCCGACGCCCUGGUGAACUUCCAGCAGUAUGCCUCCCAGCUGCCGCCCUUCUACGAGAGCUCCGCCCAGGUCCUGCACGUCGAGGUCCUGCAGCACCUGUCCGACCUCACCCGCAGCCACCCCAGCUGGUCGGUGGCGCACCUGGCCGUGGAGCUGGGGAUCCGCGAAUGCUUCCACCACAGUCGCAUCAUCAGCUGUGCCAACAGCACGGAGAAUGAGGAGGGCUGCACUCCCCUGCACCUGGCCUGCCGCAAGGGAGACGGGGAGAUUCUUCUGGAGCUGGUGCAGUACUGCCACGCCCAGAUGGACGUCACCGACAACAAGGGGGAAACCGCCUUCCACUACGCCGUGCAGGGUGACAACUCCCAGGUGCUGCAGCUCCUAGGAAAGAACGCGUCGACGGGUCUGAACCAGGUGAACAACCAGGGGCUGACCCCGCUGCACCUGGCCUGCCAGAUGGGCAAGCAGGAGAUGGUCCGCGUGCUGCUGCUGUGCAACGCCCGCUGUAACAUCCUGGGGCCCGGCGGCUACCCCAUCCACACGGCCAUGAAGCACUCCCAGAAGGGGUGUGCCGAGAUGAUCAUCAGCAUGGACAGCAACCAGAUCCACAGCAAAGACCCUCGCUAUGGAGCCAGCCCCCUGCACUGGGCCAAGAAUGCAGAGAUGGCUCGCAUGCUGCUGAAGCGAGGCUGUGACGUGAACAGCACCAGCUCCUCGGGGUACACAGCCUUGCACGUGGCAGUGAUGCGCAACCGAUUUGAGUGCGUCAUGGUGCUGCUGACCUACGGGGCCAACGCCGAUGCCCGCGGCGAGCAUGGCAACACGCCGCUGCACCUGGCCAUGUCGAAAGACAACGUGGAGAUGGUCAAGGCCCUCAUCGUGUUUGGGGCAGAGGUGGACACACCCAAUGAUUUCGGGGAGACUCCUGCCUUCCUAGCCUCCAAGAUCAGCAAACUUGUCACCAGGAAGGCGCUCUUGACUCUGCUGAGAACUGUGGGGGCCGACCACCGCUUCCCGCUCCUCCAAGGGGUCCCCGCGGAGCAGGGCUCCGCGACAUCACAUCACCCCUUCUUCUCCCUGGAGAGAGCUCAGCCCCCGCCGAUCAGCUUAAACAACCUAGAACUGCAGGAUGUCGUGCACAUCUCCCGGGCCCGGAAGCCGGCAUUCAUCCUGAGCUCUCUGAGGGACGAGAAGCGGACCCAUGACCACCUGCUCUGCCUGGACGGCGGGGGCGUGAAGGGCCUCGUCAUCAUCCAGCUGCUCAUCGCCAUCGAGAAGGCCUCAGGCGUGGCCACCAAGGACCUCUUCGACUGGGUGGCCGGGACCAGCACUGGUGGCAUCCUGGCCCUGGCCAUCCUACACAGUAAGUCCAUGGCCUACAUGCGUGGCGUGUACUUCCGCAUGAAGGAUGAGGUGUUCCGGGGCUCGCGGCCCUACGAGUCGGGGCCCCUGGAGGAGUUCCUGAAGCGGGAGUUUGGGGAGCACACCAAGAUGACAGACGUCAAGAAACCCAAGGUGAUGCUGACGGGGACGCUGUCUGACCGGCAGCCGGCCGAGCUCCACCUCUUCCGCAAUUACGACGCUCCAGAGUCCGUCCGGGAGCCUCGCUUCAGCCCGAACAUCAACCUGAAGCCCCUGACUCAGCCCUCAGACCAGCUGGUGUGGCGGGCAGCCCGGAGCAGUGGGGCGGCCCCCACCUACUUCCGGCCCAACGGGCGCUUCCUGGACGGUGGGCUGCUGGCCAACAACCCAACGCUGGAUGCCAUGACCGAGAUCCACGAGUACAACCAAGACCUGAUCCGCAAGGGUCAGAGCGAACGGGUGAAGAAACUCUCCAUCGUUGUCUCUCUGGGGACAGGGAGGUCCCCACAGGUGCCCGUGACCUGCGUGGACGUCUUCCGCCCCAGCAACCCCUGGGAGCUGGCCAAGACUGUUUUUGGGGCCAAGGAACUAGGCAAGAUGGUGGUGGACUGUUGCACGGAUCCCGACGGACGGGCCGUGGACCGCGCUCGGGCCUGGUGCGAGAUGGUCGGCAUCCAGUACUUCAGGCUGAACCCCCAGCUGGGCGCAGACAUCAUGCUGGACGAGGUCAGCGACGCCGUGCUGGUCAACGCCCUCUGGGAGACCGAGGUCUACAUCUACGAGCACCGAGAGCAGUUCCAGAAGCUCAUCCAGCUGCUGCUCUCACCCUGAGGCCGCCAGACCCCAGCGCCCUCCCCUGCACCCCCACGGCACACAAGCUGGACAGCUGCCCAGGCAGCGUGGAGUCUGGGGGCUGGGGGGGAGGCACUGAGCUUCCUGCCUGAGGCGGGUCUUGAUCCCUGACCCCUCCCCACUUCUGGCACCUUGCCACUCCAGGCAUAGAAAGCCAUGAGACCCCCCCUUGGCCCUUUUCCCCGACCAUGAAGGACAACUGACCCGGGCCCCUGCGCCCUCUCAGCUCAACACUACGGCUGCCCAGCGCCCCGAUCCCUGCCCAACGCUGGCUUCCCAGAGGGCCGGCAAGGGCUGCCUCUGCUCCAUCCUGAGCCUCCGGCUCCCAGGUUGCCUUGCUGGAGCAGCCUACCUGCCCUGCCCUCUACCCUCUGCCCUGGGAGUGGGUUCUAGAGAAACAGGGCGUCCCCCACCCCGUCAGCAAGGGAACCCAGGCUCUGGGAGCGGGGUGCCCCAUUCGACUUUGCCCCUCCAAAGCCCAGCCACCCCACCUUCAGAGCUGCCCCACCCACCCCACCCAGAGGCCCCUCCUCGGCUCUCAAAGGUCGCUCUGAGUUAACCCAUCCCCUGCCCAAGGAGAGCGGGCUGGUGGAGGGAGGUGGGCUGCUUUCAAAACAGAAAUAAACGGUUUGGG